AUGGAUGCUUCUCAAGAAGAAACAUGGAGCAAUACUCACUCCAUAAGUUUAGGUAUCAAGCCAUACGUGGAGUCUAGGUCAUUUACGCCCUUGAGUGUAUCUAACCAAGGGAAUGUUGUCUUCUAUGACGACAAAAAGAGGUUGUUUAAAUAUUAUCAAGACACAGACCAACUCCGUCCCUUCUCUUCAGACAUUUGUGCUAUAUGUCCUUACCUCGAGAGUUUGGUCCCACUUAAGCUUCAACAAGUCGAGUUCAGCACUAGAGUCACAUGCAUCCGCAUCCGCAGACCAAAGGAUGAGAUUCAAUCAAGAAGAGCUGGCGAGUUUCUCCGUAAGGGAAUAUAUGUAGGCGCUUCAUUAUGGAAGAACAAGUGGAUUGCUAUGUAUUUGAUCAUGUGUUGCUUCGGCACUCGUGGUGCUGUGUUUCGUGCAGCUAUGCUACUACUUGUCUGUUUGAUAUCUCGUUCUGGUUAUUUACUAUACAUCAUCGUGGUAUGUUCUCAUCUAUUGAUUGUUGAAACUAUAUAUAAAGAGCAUUUGAUGAGUAUUUGGGAUCAUUUAUCUAUGUUUGUUUGAACAUUUACAGUUUAUAGUUCUGUUGAGGAUCUAUGCUAUCAUUAUAUGUGGGGUAACUUCUUUUCUCUCAACAAUCUUGUGAGUUCUUUAAUUUCAUUGUCCUCUGCUUUGUAACUUUGAUACUCCAUAUCAUAUGGUAUCUCCUUCUUUUGCAGGUUAUAAUGUGUUCUCUUCUCAUAUUGAACAGAAGCGAAGCAUUACU